UAUCGGCGUUUAUUUGAAGGGAUCACGUCGCGAUUGGCUGAAUCACGCAUCCAUUUGAAAAACACAAAGCUGAACCAGGAACUACAGAGAGGAUUCUUCCCGUCUUUUAAGUGGUGAAUGAAGGAUGGGGAAAAAGGAUGCAAGUUCUGUCAAGCAGCCGGUCGACCAGUACCGUAAACAGAUCGGAAAACAGGAUUACAAGAAAAACAAGCCGGCGCUGCGAGCCACUCGGCUGAAGGCAGAGGCGAAGAGGAGUGCUCCGGGAAUCAGGGACAUCAUAUUGGUCAUUGUGGCUGUUCUGGUCUUCCUGCUAGGCAUCUAUGCAUUCUUCUACCUCAACCUGAGCACUGAGCUGGAUCUGGAUCUGGACAUGGACUGAAGGACUUUUCUCAGAUAUGCCAUCUCAGAGGAUUCUGGGUGGCUGGACACAUGAGCCAUUCAUGAAGUGCCAUAGUAUUACACAUUUCCUUUCAAUGGCCUUUUCUAUGCCUUUUAAACCAGCAUAAACUGCGUGAAAGGAACGAAGAUGAGUCUUAAUGUGCGCAUAAGCAUCACAGACCCCCCCCCCCCCCCCCCCCAAGUGUUUAUCCUUGAUAAUUUUUUCGAUUAUUAAUAAAGCUCCACAUGCCCCACAGCUUUGAGAUUAGAAGAACCAACUUGUUUUCUUUUUGGAUCUUUUAGUUGUAAAGGAAUAGUUCAUCCAGAUAUCAAAUUUCUGUAAUCUUUAACUCUCUCCUCUCUCAUGUCUUUUAAAAAUGCAUUCGGCUUUCUGCAUGAAACACAAAAGGAGUUAUUUAUAGCAGAAUUUCCUGGCUGUUGUUUUUUAUACAAUCAAAGGCAAGAUUCACUGAAUAACAACUUAAAUUUCAGUGAGUUUUACACAAAGUUAUGGCUUCAGGAGGCUUGGAA